UGGUGUCGGGAAGGGGGGGGGAACCUGGGCAGCGGCCGAGCUCUGUGGCUUCAGGGCUUGGAAGGAGAGAGGGAGGGUGGCGAAGAGAGUGAGUCGGUGCCGCCGCCCGCUUGAGGAGAGAGGAGGGGUCCCGUUUGCCUAGCGCCCUUCGUGGGCCGAGAGCGCGGAGCAGUCGCGAACCUCCCAGGCCUCUCGGCCCCUGGGGACCCCGCCCCGCCGCCCGCCGGCCCGCGGCCUCUCUUCUCUUUGUGAGCGCCCCCUUUCCAGGGGUGGUGGUGGUGGCGGAGGGGUGCGCGUGGGCCCGCCCGCCAAGGGGCCGCGGCGGGGGACCGACAGGGCCUCGGCUGUGGGGACCGGAGGCGGCCGAGGCCCGGGCCGGUUCCCCCGAGGCGGCGGCGGCGGCGACUCCCGGCACUUCCCCCGCGCCAUCUUAACUGAGCCCGAGCGUUAAGGGCGCCUCCUCGACCCCGGUCGUCCCCUCGUCCCCCCCUCCCUCCCCCCGGCCCCUUGUCGCAGAGCUUGGGCUGGGUGGCUGGGGGGGGGCGGCGGUCUGUCGCUGGGCCCCCUCCUCCUCCUCGCUCUCCAGCGCUGAGGCCAACGGAGCGCUCCAGGGGUCUGCGCCCGUCUGCCCCCGACCUGCCGGCGAAGGGUCCAGGCUGGUUUAACUGUGUAGCUGAGGAUAACUUCAAACUCCUGAACUCCUGAUAACUCUGUCUCCAGCCUCCAAGUCUAGAAUUACAGGUUUCUGAACUUGUUCAUGGCUGGAUUUUUAAAAAAUAUAUUCAAGAUUUCCUGUUAUGAAAUGGUGGUGGUCACAACCUCCUGGGCCCAAGUGAUCCUUAUGCUUCAGUUUUCAAGUAACUACAACUUACAGUUUAUGCCAGUGUGGCUUCAUUCAUACAGAUGAACCAAGCUUUGGGAUAGCAGUAUAAAAUUAGAAUCAGACAGCUGACUGCUCAGCAGGAUGCCAUCAACUAACAGAGCAGGCAGUCUAAAGGACCCUGAAAUCGCAGAGCUCUUCUUCAAAGAAGAUCCGGAAAAACUCUUCACAGAUCUCAGAGAAAUCGGCCAUGGGAGCUUUGGAGCAGUUUAUUUUGCACGAGAUGUGCGUACUAAUGAAGUGGUGGCCAUCAAGAAAAUGUCUUAUAGUGGAAAGCAGUCUACUGAGAAAUGGCAGGAUAUUAUUAAGGAAGUCAAGUUUCUACAAAGAAUAAAACAUCCCAACAGUAUAGAAUACAAAGGCUGCUAUUUACGUGAACACACAGCAUGGCUUGUAAUGGAAUAUUGUUUAGGAUCUGCUUCGGAUUUACUAGAAGUUCAUAAAAAGCCAUUACAAGAAGUGGAAAUAGCAGCAAUUACACAUGGUGCUCUCCAGGGAUUAGCUUAUUUACAUUCUCAUACCAUGAUCCAUAGAGAUAUCAAAGCAGGAAAUAUCCUUCUGACAGAACCAGGCCAAGUGAAACUUGCUGACUUUGGAUCUGCUUCCAUGGCCUCCCCUGCCAAUUCUUUUGUGGGAACACCAUAUUGGAUGGCCCCAGAAGUAAUUUUAGCCAUGGAUGAAGGACAAUAUGAUGGCAAAGUUGAUGUAUGGUCUCUUGGAAUAACAUGUAUUGAAUUAGCCGAGAGGAAGCCUCCUUUAUUUAAUAUGAAUGCAAUGAGUGCCUUAUAUCAUAUAGCCCAAAAUGAAUCCCCUACACUACAGUCUAAUGAAUGGUCUGAUUAUUUUCGAAACUUUGUAGAUUCUUGCCUCCAGAAAAUCCCUCAAGAUCGCCCUACAUCAGAGGAACUUUUAAAGCACAUGUUUGUUCUUCGAGAGCGCCCUGAAACAGUGUUAAUAGAUCUUAUUCAAAGGACAAAGGAUGCAGUAAGAGAGCUGGACAAUCUACAAUAUCGAAAGAUGAAGAAACUCCUUUUCCAGGAGGCACAUAACGGACCAGCAGUAGAAGCACAGGAAGAAGAGGAGGAGCAAGAUCAUGGUGGUGGCCGGACAGGAACAGUAAAUAGUGUUGGAAGCAAUCAGUCUAUCCCCAGUAUGUCUAUCAGUGCCAGUAGCCAAAGCAGCAGUGUUAAUAGUCUUCCAGAUGCAUCGGAUGACAAGAGUGAGCUAGACAUGAUGGAGGGAGACCAUACAGUGAUGUCUAACAGUUCUGUCAUCCACUUAAAACCUGAGGAGGAAAAUUACCAAGAAGAAGGAGAUCCUAGAACAAGAGCAUCAGAUCCACAGUCUCCACCUCAAGUGUCUCGUCACAAAUCACAUUAUCGUAAUAGAGAACACUUUGCAACUAUACGAACAGCAUCACUGGUUACAAGACAGAUGCAAGAACAUGAGCAGGACUCUGAACUUAGAGAACAGAUGUCUGGUUAUAAGCGGAUGAGGCGACAGCAUCAGAAGCAGCUGAUGACUCUGGAAAAUAAACUGAAGGCAGAAAUGGAUGAACAUCGGCUCAGAUUAGACAAAGAUCUUGAAACUCAGCGCAACAAUUUCGCUGCAGAAAUGGAGAAACUUAUUAAGAAACACCAAGCUUCUAUGGAAAAAGAGGCUAAAGUGAUGGCCAACGAGGAGAAAAAAUUCCAGCAACACAUUCAGGCUCAACAGAAGAAAGAACUGAAUAGCUUUUUGGAGUCUCAAAAAAGAGAAUAUAAACUUCGAAAAGAGCAGCUUAAGGAGGAGCUGAAUGAAAACCAGAGCACACCUAAAAAAGAAAAGCAGGAAUGGCUUUCAAAGCAGAAGGAGAAUAUUCAACAUUUUCAGGCAGAAGAAGAAGCUAAUCUUCUUCGACGUCAAAGGCAGUAUCUAGAGCUAGAAUGUCGUCGCUUCAAAAGAAGAAUGUUACUUGGUCGGCAUAACUUGGAACAGGACCUUGUCAGGGAGGAGUUAAACAAAAGGCAGACUCAGAAGGACUUAGAACAUGCAAUGUUACUGCGACAGCAUGAAUCCAUGCAAGAACUGGAGUUUCGCCACCUCAACACUAUUCAGAAGAUGCGCUGUGAGUUGAUCAGACUGCAACAUCAAACUGAGCUUACUAACCAGCUGGAAUACAAUAAGAGAAGGGAACGGGAACUAAGACGGAAACACGUCAUGGAAGUUCGACAGCAGCCUAAGAGUUUGAAGUCUAAAGAACUCCAAAUAAAAAAGCAGUUUCAGGAUACCUGCAAAAUUCAAACCAGACAGUACAAAGCAUUAAGGAAUCACCUACUGGAGACUACACCAAAGAGUGAGCACAAAGCUGUUCUGAAAAGACUCAAGGAGGAACAAACUCGGAAGUUAGCCAUCUUGGCUGAGCAGUAUGAUCAUAGCAUUAAUGAAAUGCUCUCCACACAAGCUCUGCGUUUGGAUGAAGCACAGGAAGCAGAAUGCCAGGUUUUGAAGAUGCAGCUACAGCAGGAACUGGAGCUGUUGAAUGCAUAUCAGAGCAAAAUCAAGAUGCAGGCUGAGGCCCAACAUGAUCGAGAGCUUCGAGAGCUGGAACAAAGGGUCUCCCUUCGAAGAGCACUCUUAGAACAAAAGAUUGAAGAAGAGAUGUUGGCUUUGCAGAAUGAACGCACAGAACGAAUACGUAGCCUGCUCGAGCGCCAAGCCAGAGAAAUUGAAGCUUUUGACUCUGAAAGCAUGAGAUUAGGUUUUAGUAACAUGGUCCUUUCUAAUCUCUCCCCUGAGGCAUUCAGCCACAGCUACCCAGGAGCUUCUAGCUGGUCUCACAAUCCUACUGGGGGUCCAGGACCUCACUGGGGUCAUCCCAUGGGUGGCACACCACAAGCUUGGGGUCAUCCGAUGCAAGGCGGACCCCAACCAUGGGGUCACCCCUCAGGGCCAAUGCAAGGGGUACCUCGAGGUAGCAGUAUGGGAGUCCGCAAUAGCCCCCAGGCUCUGAGGCGGACAGCUUCUGGGGGACGGACGGAACAGGGCAUGAGCAGAAGCACGAGUGUCACUUCACAAAUAUCCAAUGGGUCACACAUGUCUUACACAUAAUAAUUGAAAGUGGCAAUUCCGCUGGAGCUGUCUGCCAAAAGAAACUGCCUACAGACAUCAUCACAGCAGCCUCCUCACUUGGGUACUACCGUGUGGAAGCUGUGCAUAUGGUAUAUUUUAUUCGUCUUUGUAAAGCGUUAUGUUUUGUGUUUACUAAUUGGGAUGUCAUAGUAUUUGGCUGCCGGGGGUUUUUGUGGUUGGCUUUUUGUUUCUUUGUUUUUAACUUUUGGAAAAAUUUUAAAGUGGGAAAUAGAUAACUAUUUCAUGUAUGUGGCAAAAAAAUUGGCUUUAUAGAAGGGGUAUUAUCUGAACAAUAUAAAAAUAAAAUGAAGCAAACUAAUCUGGAUCAUCACUUUAGGGUAUCCACAGCCUAAGAAAUUUGUUGGAAGAUGUAAAGCCUUCCUUCAUAUUCCAAAUUCUGUGAGUCACUGACAGCAGGCAGUAUCCAUGCUGAAACACAUUCUUACUGAAAUAUACCUCCACUCCUCACCAGUGUGCUUUUCUUUAUCUAUGGAUUGAUCUGAUUUCUCAACCUCAUUUGGACUAAAAAACAGAAGGCCAUGAACAUUAAACGAUUGCAUUUACCUUUUCAGUGGUAGAAAAUCACUUAGUUCUUUGCUAAGUGCUUCAGAAACUUGUCAGAUUUCGUAGGUCAUAUAAGAUGGAGUUGCUUACAGAGAUAUAAGCUGUGUGGCUAUUGCACUAACAACCUGUGAGCUUGCAGAGGAGAAACUAGAGGGCCAGAUGGGCCCCUGAGAGUUCCUGUGGUAGAUAGGAAUGUUCAGCAGGGAGAAGGAGGUAAACCCUGUAUUGCCUGACAUUGUGUUUUUGUGCAACAUCUCAUCUGACCCAGUCUAUAAGACCCCAAACAGUACCUUUGCUCUGUAUAAAACCAAGACAUAGCCAACACAAAGCCAAUGCCAGAGGCAUUGAAUGAUGCCAUAUUGUGAACCGCCAUCUAUUAGAAUAUUCAUCACACUACAUAGACAUGAUUUUAUUAUUCCCUUUUUAGCUUUGGGAUUCCAUGUUUACAAGUAGCAGUAGUUGAUUAUUUAAAUAGUUGCCACCAGGAGUCACUGAGCCAAUGACUACCAGCUGCUGACUAAUCUUCACACUGUAGUUGCUUCAUUUGCAGGUCUUCUGUGCUUAAUUGCUGUUUUUGUUGCCGUAGUACCUUACAAAUUCUUAAUUCAUUGAGAGUUAGUGACCAUCUGGGUCCAUGUUAAUAUCACAUAAUAGCAAAUUCCCUUUCAGAAGUUUCUAGCUUUAGUGCUAAAAUACUACUGAGAAAGAAACUAGGUAGUUUGAGUGAAAGAAAACAACAAAAAUUGAAAAUAUUAUGCAGUGGUCAGGUACCACUAAUAUUUGGGGAGUGUGUUUUGUCUGUUCUUCAAUGAAGGAUCAACCCAGUGUUCUGCAUCAGUGUUAGUUAAUGUCCCAUGGCUUGUGUGGAGCUUGAGUUGGUGGUAGACCGGGGCCAGUGCCCUCUUAGAGACCAGAGUUUUUUGUUUUUGUUUUAGUAAGUUAUUGUCCUGCUCCCUUUCCAGUUGUCUUGAAGAGCUCUUGCUACUAACUCUGGGUCCUGCUUUUCAUUUAGGUAGACAGUAAGCAUUCUCUUAAUCAUAAUUAGAACAAACUAGUGACCAAAUUGUUAUCUACUUUGGAAGUUCUUGGUUUUCUUAACCACAUUUUAUGUCUUGUCCAGGUAUGUCAGUCCAGUCUCCAUGACUUACCCCCUUCAAAAGUUUCUGACAUUGGUUUGAGGAUUUCUAACACUAAAUAAAAGAAAAAUUAGAUCAGGAUGUGGUAGCAAAUGCCUAUAAUCCCAGCAUUUGGGAGGCAGGGGUAGGAAGGAAUCUCAGGUUCAAGGCUACCUUCAGGUGUCUCCAAAAAAAAAAA